GUCGAGCUCGAGACUACGCACGCCCCUCAACUUCCUUCCUUCCCUCCUCUCCGGUCAUGCACCGAGUCUGGCUGGUGGCGGCGGUGGCGGCGGCGGCGGUGGUGGUGGCGGCGGCUGAGACGGAGACUAACAAAACCUCAACAAGUCCCGCAUCCCCAGUCACAGGCGGACCCGGUGCUUCACUCGGCAAUGCUGGACACGGGAAGACUGGCAAAAGUGGACACGGAACGCUAUCACGGAGCGGUGGACAUGUGGAGGCAGCGGAAGUUAAGCGCAUUGGAAUACCAGUAAAUAUCGGACACGGGAAAGUUUCUGGUGAUGGGAGUGGUGGUGGACACGUAGUCGAGGCUAAACUGACUGGACAUGGACUGUUUGAUCUUGCUGAGGGACAUGGACGAGUCACCAACCUUGGACACUGGGCUCCCCUUAGAAGUGCGGGUCAUCGGCUAUCUCUUGGACAUGGAGUGACAGGUGGAUAUACCGUGACAGCUGGACAUGGCGUGAAAUUAAGCAGUUCAGUCCAUGGUGGAAUUGGACAUGCUAGACCAAUCAGCAGCCCUAAAAUUCCAGGCAUCUUCACGAACGUGGGACAGAGGGAAAAAAAGGACAUAACACCACCCAAGAUACUAAAAACAGCCACUCCUUUUGGCAACGUGGGGCAAAGGGAAGAAGGGGACACUGGGCACAUUACACCACCCAGGACUCUUAGACCCACCAGUCCCCUAGGCAACGUGGGGCAAAGUAAAGAAGGAGACUUUGGUUUCAGUACACCAAGACCCCUGAAAGUCACCAGUCCCCUUGGCAAUGUGGAACAGAAGGAAGAUGAAGAGACUGGGUACAUAACACCCAGACCCCUUAAAAUCACCAGUCCCUUAGCCAUCGUAGACCAUAGUGCAGAAAGGAAUAUAGGAACCAGUGGACCUAUCACCCCACCUAAGAGCAAUAGUCCCUUUAGGAACGUGGAAGUUAAAACGAAGGGAGGUCUCGGACAUCUCACUUCACCACCCAUAUCAGAAGACGGGGAGGUCUAUAAAGGUACUGGACACGGUGGAGAUCGACGUAGCAGCAAUAGAUUCGAAGACCAGGAAGGUUUAACUGGAGGCGAGAGGAGAAUCCGUAACUCGCCCAGUGAUCUUUACCGCGCCGCAAGGAUCGCCGCCACUCUCGACCGAACGAUCCCUGUUGACCUCAAGAAGCUAAGCAAGGUCGAGCAGGAUAUGCUUCUUGGCCUCACCAGCUACGGAAGGAUCAGCAGGGAGGCGGUGCUGGGUCUCCUGAGGAGAGGCAAGGAGAGGAGCCGCAGUAUUGAGGUCUCCAUAGGCUCAAGCAAAGGUAGAGACAGUCACGAGAGCCAAGAGAGGUCUAUAGGUCACCACGGGAAAGACCGCAGCAGGGAGCUCUUCAAGGGUUUAGAAGACAUCAAGGACAUCAUCGAACUGAACCACGAGGCCAAGAAAGGAGACGACAUCGAACUGGACAUUGGCAAAGGCAGCGGCGAGAAGCAGUAUGACGUCCACGUUAGCAAAGGAAAUAGCGCGGAACUCUAUGAAGACAAGGAAAAAGGCUUUAGGCUCUUCGGCCAUCACAGGAAUAAAGGAGACAGCAGGGAAUUUCAUGACGACAGGAGGAAAGGCCUUGGACUCUUCGGACUCCACAGGAAUAAAGGAGACAGCAGGGAAUUUCAUGACGACAGGAGGAAAGGCCUUGGACUCUUCGGACUCCACAGGAAUAAAGGAGACAGCAGGGAACUCCAUGACGACAGGAGGAAAGGUCUUGGACUCUUCGGACUCCACAGGAACAAAGGAGACAGCAGGGAACUCCAUGACGACAGGAGGAAAGGCCUUGGACUCUUCGGACUCCACAGGAACAAAGGAGACAGCAGGGAACUCUAUGACGACAGGAGGAAAGGCCUUGGACUCUUCGGACUCCACAGGAAUAAAGGAGACAGCAGGGAACUCCAUGACGACAGGAGGAAAGGCCUUGGACUCUUCGGACUCCACAGGAAUAAAGGAGACAGCGGGGAACUCCAUGGAGGCGGGGGAAAAGGUCUUGGACUCUUCGGCCUUCACAGGAAUAAAGGAGACAGCGGGGAACUUUAUGACGACAGUAGAAAGGGCUCUGGACUCUUCGGACUUCACAGCAGGAUUAAGGGACGCCACAGCGGGGAAAGAUCAAAGGCUGGCGGGUUGUUUGACAGGAGCAGAGAAAGCAUCAAGGCAGAGUCCAUCGAGCUGAGGCACAAAGGAGAAUCCGGACUUUACGAGGAUAGGAGGAAAGGGUCCGGGGGGCUCUUGGGACUCUUCAGCAAGGGACGCAGCGACGAGAGGUCCAGAGAGUUAUAUGGAGGCGGAGGAAGGAACCGUUUUGAUAUCUUCGGCCUCUUCAACAACGAUCAGAGCAGGGAGGACAUCAGCUUCCUCGACCUGAUCAAAGACGGAAGGGAGAUCUUAGACGAGAUAGGUGACGAACUUGACAUCUUUGGGUUAUUCGAUGAUAGCAGAGAGUUGGACCCACUUGGCUUCUUUGACAGAAACGGUAAAAUAUUACUAGAUUCAUAUCACAAGAAGGACCUCAGCAAGGAACAUCUCAUCGGCGAUCUCCUCAGAAACAAAGCUAUUAGAACCUUAGGCCAUGGCGGUGCUGGACUGGAUGUGGAUAUUCUUGGGUUACUUGACAAGGGAAGCAAGGUAAAACAAGGUAUCCUCAAGGGUCACAGCAUUGAGAGGUCAGACAGCAAGCUCAUCAGCAAAGGUUCUGGCAGCAAGGAGAAGUCAGAGAGUACGGUUGACCACAAGGAUGACAGCAAAGAGGGAUCGAGUGCAACGUUUCAACACAGGAUAAACAACAACAACAACAACCACCACCACCACAAUAACAACAUAAGCUUCUUCCACAAGCUCAAACACCUUUACGAGAAGAUUUUUUGAGGAUAAGAAG